AGCUGGAUCAUCUUUUUUUUGAAUCUGUCUGGAUAGAAAAGUUGGCAAGAUGCCAGUCUAUGAUGUGGAGCGUUUAAUUACCCUGAUAGAAGAGCGGCCCAACCUAUGGGAUACGCGAUUGGACUCCUACCAUGACCGAGUCCUGAAGGAUAGGUCCUGGGAAGAGAUCGCUCAGGAAUUAGAUGGGGAAUUUUCCAAAGCAGACUCAAAGAAGCGGCACAUCAUCAUCAGCAAAAUUAAAAACCGCUGGUACUCGUGCCGGGACCAGUUUAAGCGCGAAAUGAAUCAGCGCCAAAGAAGUGGCGACGGUUCCUUGGCCAAAAAGCCAUAUUUGUAUACGGCCAACCUCCAGUUCUUGCGCCCAAUCAUGGAAACUCGACCAACCGUGGAUAACCUGAGUCAAGACCCGGUUGAAGUGGAAGCGGCUUCUGGACCUUCUUCCACGGAGAAUCCAACUGCCCCUCCAUCCUUGGAAGGUUCUCCACCGUUGGCAACGGUCACAGAAGGAACGGUCCCCCCCGAAAAUAUUGCUGGGCCACAGCAGAUAAACACCCAGCGUCGUGCCUCGGGUAGGCGUAGGGGUCCCCCUCCACCCGAUUCUGGUUUAGAUACUCGAACCAUUGUUGAAUCAAGGGUUAUGGAGUAUUUAAACCAGAAUCGUGGUGAGAGUCCUGAUGAAACGAUGGUGAAAAGUUUGGUGCCCCUACUUAAAAAAGUACCCGAGGAACGAAAAGCUCGGUGUCUAUCUGCUGUGGCACUUCUAAUGGACCUUUUUGCUGGUCCUCAAGAACCUAUUGCGACAGUCCACAAUUUGGAGCGGGAUCGCGAUGAGAUGCUCAAUUGGAGGCCAUUUGGGCAAAGAUUUUCUCAUCAUCCACCCUCAUCACAGUAUUUUCUUGGAGAAACCUCUACCCAGGGGAGUUACCAAGCUCAACAUGGACACCCCAGGUCUUCCGAGGGAUCUCGUCCCCAAAGUUCUAAUACCGGCCCUUUUACAAGGGAAUUGUUUGAUCUCUAA